AUGAUCAGCACUCCUCAGCAUCCAAGCCAGUCAGCAGCCACUACAACAACGCCUCAGUCCCUCAAUCUCAUGAACCCAACGACACCGCAACAACGAAUCACCAUUGAAAAGCUCCUUCUCAUUCCACCAGAAAGUGUUCAAUCGCGCAAUCCAAAACUCUACGAUUUACUGAUCCAACUCAGAAGACAAUAUUUGUGGCAAGCGGUUACGACUCCAGUGGUUACAACAACCACGACAGCAACAAAUAAUAAGGAUUGUGGCAUGCAUCCUUUAGAGAAGAUGAAACAAGAAGAUGCCAUGGUCUUUGCUUCUCACAUUGAUGAAAUUUGUAACUGUGUCAACAAUUUGUUGGACGAACUCAAUGAAGAAGAAUACGAGCUGGGUAGUACAGUUGGAUACAGAGCUAGAUGGUUACAGGAAGAGGAGCUGAAAGUAAGAGCAAAAGUGAACGCUAUUGCUGCUCCUAACGACGAAUCUGAAAUGCUCGAUCCUAUGCAUGAAGAUGAAGAGUUUGAAGAAGAUGUAGAAGAUGUUGAAGAAGAAGAAGGUAUUGAAGGAGGAGAUGAAGACCAUCAUGUCAUCAGCAACCCUACCUCUGUCACCUCUUCAGAAUGUGUUGAAACUCAUGGUACCAACACAGAACAUCUCGGUUUAUCCACAUCUUCUGCUCCAGUAGUUGCCAGUGCUGAGCAAAGCAGCACCCCUGAGCAGCAACAAGAUGAAUAUGAUGAAGAAGAUUCUGAAAUGAUUGACAAUGAAGAAACAGAAUCAUCAUCUUUAUCAAACAACAUUAACGCACAGUCUCAAGACGGCUCUAGCUCAAAACUCCAAGAUUUCUUCCGUCAACUUGAAACUGUAGAACCCAUUCCAAAUGGUAAACUUUCCUUCUUCCAGAAUCAUCAUUUGGUGGUUGGAAAAUUUGACAGACAAGCUCUUGUGCAAAAUAACAUUCUCUCAUGCACUGUUAUGAAGAAGAGUACACUCAACGUUGUGGUACACAGAAGAUGUACUCGUCUCAGAAACGAUACAGAUGUAAACUCUAGAUUCACUCCUUUUGAUGCAACAAGUGGUAACUAUCAUGACAGAAGAAUACUUAAAAAACAAGCAUUGGCCAAGUCAGUUGUUCGUUUUGCCAAAGUGAAAGUCGAUUUUGGAUCCAUUGUGGAACAAGUUCUGCAGUCACAAAACCAACACUCACUUCCUUUCUCAGCAAAUCUUUUGAGUGCUUUAGGAACCUUUUCAACCUCUAAUUCUACCCAAUCGCAGCAAUAA